GAAUUACGAAAGGACGAGUGUUAUUCUUCCUAUCCUUGUCUAAACUACACCUGUUAAUUGCAUUUCGGUGACCCAAAGUUAUCAUGGAGGACAAUCACACCCCAAUGGACGCAUCAGUAGCUAGCUGGCUAUCUGAUUUCGAAAUUGAUGAUCACACUCUAUUUCCUGAUGAGUGCCACCACCUGAACUUGCUUGUUGUUGAUGACAAAGAGUUUCUAUCAAAUGAUGACAUAGCAAGUGUCCUGCAAAAACAGACACUUCAACAAUCACUAUCUUCAGAUUGCACUUCUAUAACUCUGAGUAACUCGUUCACUGAUGAAACUAGCUUUGACUUUGCUGAUACACCUUCCAUCACUGAAAACUUUUCACCAGAACUUUCCCCUUCAUCCUCCAUCUCCUCUUUCAAGUCUCAGAUUCUGUUUUUGGACAACACAAACUCAUCCCCUGCCACCAACACCACCACACAGAUUUCUGGGUUUGACUCCAGCACCUUGAACCCAAAACAGAAUGAAACUGUGUUAGUGCCACUGCCCCAGUUGGGAAACACGCAUAUCUCAACUCAAAAUUCAAAAGGGUCAUCGAAAAAUCAAAACUUUGAAACGAAAUCCUCACAUGGAAAGAGGUCUCCAGCUCACCAUCAUGAUCACAUCAUGGCAGAGAGAAAGCGCAGGGAGAAGCUCAGCCAGAGCUUCAUUGCUCUCGCAGCACUUGUUCCUGGCCUUAAGAAGAUGGACAAGUCCUCUGUAUUAACAGACGCAAUCAAAUAUGUGAAAGAGCUAAAGGAGCGUUUGGCGGUGCUGGAAGAACAGAGCAAGAAAACAAAGGUUGAGUCGGUAGUGGUUCCAAUCAACAAGCCUGCGCCAGAGUUGUGUGGCGGCGAUAAUGAUGAUUCCUCAUCAUGUGAGGAGAGUGUCGAAGCCGAUGAAUCACUGGUGCAAGUGGAAUCAAGAGUGUCAGAACAGGAUAUGCUGAUUCGGAUCCUCUGCAAGAAACAAAAGAGGCUGCUGACAAAAAUUCUCGCUGAGAUUCAAAGUUUUCAACUGUCCGUUGUCAAUAGCAGUAUCUUACCUUUUGGGGAUUCUAUGGACAUUACUAUUAUUGCUCAGAUGGGUGAGGGUUACGACUUGACUGCAAAGGAACUUGUCAAGAAACUACGGGUAGCAAUAUUGAAGUUUAUGUCAUGACACCAAUAUGGCACAAGAUUAUAGCAUUUGUGUUUUGUUUGUUUGAUGGUAUUUUAAGUUGAAAGAAUAUGAGGAGAAUUAUGCAUGAAAAAUACUUUUUAUCUCUUUGGAUCGUCAAGGAAAUUGAGAGGAAGGGAUUGAAAAGCGCGAGACCCAUCUGAUUUCUGUGCACUUGAUUGAGGCUCGAAAAAUAAAACCCUACUUGUUAAUUUAA